CGGUCACACUCUUUUUCGAGUCAAAACGCAACGGACGUGUCGCUUCGUGACCGGAUGAAUCGUACAGUGCGACCUUAUAUACACCUAUAUAUUUCUAUGUACCAGCCGCGCGUCUGCAAGUGUUAGUGCGGUUAAUUCGAAAAACAACUGGAAAACACACAUCGCACAUCGCCGGAAAAAGUGUGACAAGUAGAAGGAAUACGAAGUUUAGGAAAAAAUCAAGAGUGGUGUGGAAACUGACGCGCUAAGUUUAUAUCGGCGCCGUGUCUCUCUCUCUCUUCCCUCUGUCUCUGUGUCUAUCGGUGACGGGAGUGCGCGAAUGUGUGUAUGUGUUUGUGUGUGUGUGUGAGAGGGCAAACAAUUUGCCGCUAAAUACAAAAAGCAGCUGAAAAGCAAAGACCAGCUGACACAUCAGCGAUCGAAUUUGCCUGCUAGUUGGUUAGCUUAGCUGGUGUGCGUAUUGAGUAAAAAAAAAACAACAAAAAAUUGCUAUAAAUAAAACGCCAAUGUUUGUGUAGCGGCAACGAGAGCCCGCAGCCAGCAGUACGCAGCUAGAAGUCAGAAUCCAUACCAAACAACCACAACAACAAAGCGCACGUGGUUGAGAAGACAAGAUUUGGCCACGAUAAUAGCCAAAUACAUAAACACGAUAAAACAUGUCCGCCGCACCGGUUACCGCCAUCAAAACGGAGGAAGUUAUUCUAGAAAACGCCGAAUACAACAGCGCCGAGGAAUUGGAUGAAGAAUUGCAAUUACAACUAGAAGAUUCCGGAGGAGAGAAUACGUAUCACAUCGAGUACACCACCGAGCCGGCUCAUCAGAUCUCCGGUUCGCAGCGCCGCCAGUCGAGUAUGAGCGGCACUAAUACCUCCAAGGGCGGAGGAGGCGGCGGCGGCGGUGGAGGAGGGGGCGGAGUCAGCGACGGUGACUCCUCUGGCAAGCCCCUGGUCGAUAGCGAGAAGCGGAUGCGUCGCGAGAUCGCCAACAGCAAUGAGCGACGUCGCAUGCAGAGCAUAAACGCCGGCUUCCAGAGCUUGCGAUCACUGCUCCCGCGGCACGAGGGCGAGAAGUUGAGCAAGGCCGCCAUCCUGCAACAGACCUUCCAGUACAUCGUGGAACUGGAGAACCAGAAGACACAGCUACUCACCCAGAACAGCGAGCUGAAGCGCCAGGUGGGCGAGCACGAGGCCGGCGGCGGUGGAGGAGGCGACAAUGGCGCCCACUCCGGUGGCGGCAACUACAACGACUCAAACGUGAACGGAGGCGGCAAUGCGACGGCGGUGGCCAUUAAGAAGCGCAAGCUGACCGACAACGUCAUCAACAUCCAGGCGAUCAGCGAUAGUUCCGACGAGGGUCUCGGCUCCAUGUCCCCAGAGCCCAUGACCUUGCUGACGGCCGGCGGAGCAGCGGCCACCAAGCUGAGCCGGGACAGCAUCCUGGCGGCCAAGGAACUGAUCGAAAUGAAGAAGCAACUGGAGAAGGAGCGCAGCCUGCGCCGGCUCCUGGAGGACGAGCUGCAGAUGAUCAAGCGGCAGCUGUAUAGCGUGGCUACCGCACCGCCGGGCACGGCUGUGGCAGCGGCUGCUGGCGGCACCGGCGGCGGAUACAUUCCACGCGAAGUCAUCGAACACACCGACAACUUUGUGCGCAACGAGGAUUUGGAGGAGCUGGGCGGCACCGUGUCGUACGUGGAGAUCGACGAGAUGACCGGCCAGCAGCAGGUGGUUGUGUGCUCCAGCAUUGAGGAGCUGGAGGCGGACGCCGCUGCGGAAAUCAUAACCGAGGAUCAGGUGCACGAGGAGGUCAUUCUGUCGUCGAACAGCUCGACGGAGUCCGAGAACGAGGUGAACGUGAACGCCAUUGCCAAAGUAUAUGCCGAGGGAUCGGCCGCCAUGCUGCAGCCCAUCCUGCAGGCGGCCAUCAAGGCCACGCCAAAGGUGGAGGUGGAGCGCAUUCACGAGAAGAUCGUCAAGGUGAAGACGGAGAAGCACGAUCCGCACGGCCAGGUCACCCAGGCCACCACCCACUAUCCGCAUCCGCAUCGCCAGAACCUGGAGACCAUUGUCCAGGCCAUCCGCCACCUGGAGGGCGAUCAUCUCUUCGCCGACGGCAGCGGCGGCAAUGCCCCCGAGAUCAAGUUCAGCCAGCAGCACCAUCAGGUGGCCGGACAUCACCAACAGGGGCAGCAGCACCAUCGCCUGGCGCAAGACGCCCCCCUGGCACUGACCACCACCGGCAAGCAGAAUGUGGCGCUGGCGGAGCUGAGACCCUUCCUGCACCUCAAGAGCGGCGGCAACAAGCAGGUCAUCAUUACGGCCAAGACGGCGAAGGAUGGCGGCGGCCUGGUGACCUCCAGCAGCAGCACAACCGUAACUCCCACGGCGAUCUUCAAGGUGCAGAGCGGGGCGGGCAGCCAUGCGGCAGCGACCUCGGGCACCAUCAUCACCGGAACUAAUGCGAACGGAUCUCCGCAGCAGGUGACCAUCACCACGUCCCUCAAGCAGUGCCGGCCGGGCGUCAUAGUGGCCAAGAAGCUGCCGUCGUCCUGAUUCAACAGCCCCAAGCUAUCGGGAGCAGGAGCAGGAGCAGGAUCUGGAGUAGGAUCGGGAUCGGGAUCGGGUUCGGGUCGUGGAGCGGUAGCUGCUACUGGAGCACGAGCUAGUAUUAAGGCCGCUCGCCAGUCAGCAACCAUGAAAGCAACAACAACAACAACAACUCACCAACAAUUUACUAAGCAAAGUCCAUUUGCAGCCUCCAGGCAACGUAACAGUAACAGUAACAGUAACAGCCACAGUAGUAGCAGCAGUAACAUUAAACAUAAUGUAAGCACUAACAGUAACAGUAGGAGCCACAGCAGCCACCACAGAAAUGCUAAAGAGACUGUUACCAAACAGAGGCAAAGGCAAAAAAAUGUAUAUUAAAAAAAAAAAAAACAAAAAAAAAAGAAUAUAUAUAUAUAUAUAUGAGAAGUAAUACCAAGCAGACCUAAAGAGAAUAUUUUGUAAUUUUUGGACAUUUAAUUUAAUAGCCAACCAAACCUAUUUCCAAGCUUCAAACGCCAAGAACUACAAAGAACUACAACCAAUCACAACACAUAGCCACUGUAAUUAAAUGCAAACAAAAAAUACACUUAACAUUUGUUCAUUAAUUUGUUAAGAAAUUAGAAUUAAUAGUCAAAAAAAAGAA